AUGACAUUUGUGAAUGAAGUAUUCACUGAAGGCAAACACACUGUGGUUGAUAAAUAUGUUCCGAAGAUAUUCAGUAAACCGAGAGAGGAGGAGAGAACUUACGACUUAACUUAAUACAUGAAUAAAAAGUAGGCAUUUUGGAGUUAUGAAAUUUCAAUAUUCAAAAACUAUCAGCCAGAUAAUGAUGAAUUAAUUGAUGAAUGUUUUGAAUACGAUUUUCAGACUUCGAAAAUAAACAGGAUAGUCCGUGAUCCUCAAGAGUUGAUGGAAGUAAAGGAAAUCUUGAGGGAAUAUUAUCCGUAUAUCUUUGCUAGUUAUAAAUUCUAUGCUUCCACUCUAAUCGGAGCCAGUAUUCCCUUGCAUAUCAUCGAAUGCGUUUUUUUGAUUUUAUCGGUUAGACUACAACCAGGAGACAUUGAUUUGAAUUUCAUCUCGACUUCAAAUGUUAAGGACAUUCAAUAUCCAAAUGUUUAUGAGAAGGCAUUAGUAAGAUACCAAUUUAUGGAAGUGCUCGUAAGAAUUGCUUUGGAUAAGUAUACACGAACGGGAAUAUGUAAAUCAAUGAAAUUAAGUGUCUUGAAAUUAUUUGAGGAUGAUUUGGUUAAGGCCAGAUUGCAAGAGAUUGAUCGAGCUCAGGAUUGGAGAGAUAUGAGAUUGUGGAAUGAACAGAGUGACAUGUUAAUAAAGGAUCGAUUGCCCAUGCUUAAAUUGUUAUUUAAAUUUACAUCCAAGUUGAAUCCCAAGUAGAAAUUCUAUAAACACACUUGGAUUCAAUUCAAGGAUUUCAGAGAUCUAAUGCUCAGAUGUGAUUUGUAUUGUGACAUCUUUGUUGAAAGAGAUGCCUAUUUGGCAUAUUUGUUAUCAAUGCAAACUCAAGUAGAUGAGCUGUUUAGUCUGAGACAUUUUCAAAUGGAAUUCUAUGAAUUUAUUGAAGCCUUGUGUAGGUGUGCUGAGAAACUAUCCUUGAUUAGAACUAAGGACAUCUUGAGCAUUGAUGACAGGAGACAAGAACCCCUCCAUAAGAAGAUUGAUGCCUUUUUACUCCUCAUCUACUUGAGGGCUGGAGAUGCUAUCAAAUAGCAAUUGAAGGAAGCUGAAGAUUUUACUGAUUUUGAUAAGUGUAUGACCAGAAAGCAAAAGACCUUGCAACAAUAAAUAGAGGAGAUGGGGAGUGAGGAAGAAGAAAAACCAUAUAAUCCAGCUAUAGAAGCAUCAGCACUUGAAGAGUAAUUGAAACAAGUGCCAGUCUAAACAAUUCAAACAGGAUCUAAAUUAAAGAAAGCAUUGUCCUUCUUCUCGGUUAUAAAGUAGAUGCAACAGUAGAAGCAAUUGAAAUCAAAUUUCUUAUUGACCAAUGUUGUCUAAUACUUCAAGUAAAAAGAGGAGGAAAUGUUACAAAAUGAGAUGGAAUAAGGAUGA